AUACUGUCUACAACAUGGGGACGACUGGCAUUGAGGUUUUUGCCGCUCUAAAUGAUUUUACAGAUGCCAUUGUUUCCAUUCCAGAGUCAGUAUGCAGUAACUUUACGUAUUUAAAAGAAGUUGAUGCCCAGUCUCGAGAAUUAAAAUCAAAAGUAACAGAUGAAAUUGAAUCAAUUUUGAGGAACGAAAGAACAGGAAGUCUUCCAUUAAGUGAUCGCUGUUUACAGCUAGAAAACCAUAUCAAAGAAAUGCUCCCCUUUUCAGAUUCCAAGAUUUGUUUGGCAACAGAAGCGAUGGGAAAUAUAAACCAGUGCAUUGAUCGACUGGAUGCCGAUUUUGAAUACGUGGAGCUGGAGAUUCCACAACAAUUACGUUUAGGAUAUCCCGACCGGCGUGCUUUAUUCAACCAUCCUAAUUCCGGUAAUCAAAGGAUAGAAGGAAAGAGAGAAACUCGAAGAAAUCAACCUCAACAGCAGCACACUGAUAAUCAACAGCAGCAUCAGCAUACUUCUUACCCAGGACACCCCAAUGAAGAGCGAUCCUCUGUACUCCAUGGAGACGAAAACGUGGACGUUCCCCAUACUACUUAUAGCACUCCUAGCAAGCGGCGAAAAGCAACUGCACACCAGAAAUUAUCUUCUCCCUCUCAUAGAACAAAACCCAAUGUGAUGAAUGUUACAGAACGAAGGCCGGGACGACGUGGAACUAGACAAGCAACAGACGAUCUUUCGGCAAAACCAGACAUAGUGGAGCCGGAGGAAUUGAACGAAGGCGAGCAACUGUAUUGUUACUGUCAGCAGGUUUCCUACGGCCAGAUGAUUGGUUGUGAUAACGAAAACUGUAAGCGCGAAUGGUUCCAUUUACCUUGCGUUGGUCUGGUAGAGCCGCCAAAAGGCAUUUGGUAUUGUAGAGAGUGUCGAGAAAGCAUGAAGCAUGAAGCUUGAUGAAGUUUGGAGGAAUAUUUGAUUUAUUUAUUAAUUGCUGUCUGUUGUUUCUAUUUUAUUGUAUUUUGUUCUUUUUGUUUUUGUGUAGAAAGUUUUCCUACGUCUACAAGACUCCAUGAUAUAGGAUUAAUGGAAAAGAUUCCCUGAUGGACUAUUACACUUUGCGAUUUUCGAUUGGUAUUAUGUUUCUUCUUUUUCAUAACGAUUAGACUGAUCGGUGAAUGUUGCAGACCUCAAAACUAAGGUCAUAAUAUGAUAGUCUCUCGUUUGAAAGCCAAUACACGAAUUAAUGAGAUAGUUGGCAAUAGUAACUUGCAAGUGCUUGAGAUUUAAUAUUAUACAAUGAACAUGAGUUUGUUGAUGUAAACCAAAGCCUUUUCAAGUCUUGAUAAAAUUGCAUCACGUUGAAAGGACACAUACAGAGGGAAGAAAAAAUAUGAAUUAUAUACAAGCGAAAAAGUCAUAAAAGAAAACAAUACUACAUUUUAAAUAAACUGUGCCAUGCUGCAUGGUUGCCCGUUUUAAUAUGAGUUAAAAUUGCCUUUUUCACUGUUCCAAAA